AUGUCGGUUUUACAUAUUAUCACGGUAACUGUUUCACGUUUGCCACUCUUUGUCCAGCGCACUGUGGCUCGAACAAUUGUCCUACAGGAAAUCAUUGGCAAAGGUCGUUUUGGGGAAGUAUGGCGUGGUAGGUGGCGUGGUGGUGAUGUAGCUGUGAAAAUCUUCUCUUCGCGGGAAGAGCGAUCCUGGUUCAGGGAAGCUGAGAUCUACCAGACCGUCAUGUUACGCCAUGAGAAUAUUCUAGGUUUUAUUGCUGCAGACAAUAAAGAUAAUGGCACUUGGACUCAGCUGUGGUUGGUCUCUGAUUACCAUGAACAUGGAUCUCUGUUUGAUUACCUUAAUCGAUAUGCUGUAACUAUUGAGGGGAUGAUUAAAUUGGCUUUGUCUGCUGCCAGUGGACUGGCACAUCUGCACAUGGAAAUUAUGGGGACUCAAGGGAAACCUGGGAUUGCGCACCGGGACUUGAAAUCCAAGAAUAUCCUAGUGAAGAAGAAUGGAACUUGUGCUAUUGCAGACCUGGGUUUGGCUGUCCGUCAUGACUCUGUUACUGACACAAUUGACAUCGCACCCAAUCAGAGGGUUGGAACAAAGCGGUACAUGGCCCCUGAGGUUCUUGAUGAAACAAUUAACAUGAAACAUUUUGAUUCAUUUAAAUGUGCCGAUAUUUAUGCCCUGGGCUUGGUCUACUGGGAAAUUGCUCGCAGAUGCAACUCAGGAGGUAUUCAUGAAGAAUAUCAGCUCCCUUAUUAUGAUCUUGUGCCCUCUGACCCCUCUAUUGAAGAAAUGCGAAAGGUUGUGUGUGAUCAGAAGCUGCGACCAAACAUUCCUAACUGGUGGCAAAGUUAUGAGGCCUUGCGAGUAAUGGGGAAAAUGAUGCGAGAGUGCUGGUAUGCUAACGGGGCAGCACGGUUAACAGCCUUGCGCAUCAAGAAAACUCUCUCUCAGCUCAGUAUCCAGGAAGAUGUGAAAAUUUAAUUCGCGAACCCCAUCCCGAGGAAACUGCACAAAAGCUGCCAUGCAAGAAUUGAAAUGUGGUGGUGAAGGCUACCUCAUAUUUCUACAUUGCCUGCUGCUAUCAACAUAACAUGUGGACAACUUUGGCCUGCGGGUGAUUAGGUGAGGAGGCAG